UUAGCUCUAUCAUAAUUCUCUAAUCGCUGGCCAUAUAUAUUCAUCAACUAGAUCAUUUAAUUUUCUUCAACUACGCCAAACUUAAGUUAUAUACUUGGGAUUCAUAACUAUACACACCACUUCUAAUUAGAGAGUGUAUAGAUCGAUGGCGAAAGUUCACCCUCAUCUCUUAUCUUCUCCUUCAUCGUCGCGUUCGUCGGGAGAAACCACCGAGAAAUUUACAGUUUGGAUGAAAUCUCUAGUCCUUAACGGCAAUGGUUGCACCAUCUAUGAUUCUACGGGUAAUAUCGUGUAUCGUAUCGAUAAUUACGAUACUAAGUGUAGUAGCCAAGUCUUGUUAAUGGAUCUUAAGGGAAAAGUCUUAAGCACCUUGAUUCGUAAGAAGUUGAGAGUUAAAGAACAUUGGAAUGGGUACAAAAAUGAUAGAGUACUUAAAAAUGAGAGGCCAUGGUUUAAAGUAAACAAGAUAAGCAAGGUUUUUAACAAGAAAGGAAAAGGUUUUUCUUGUCAAGUUACAAUCGAAGGUGACGAAUCUCGAGCAUUAUCGUGUUUUACAAUCCAAGGAUGUGCUCAAAAAUCAGAAUUCGAGAUUAUUCGAGGCGAUGGCCUUGUGGUCGCACAGGUUAAGAGAAAGAAAUCGACAAGCGGAAUAAUGUUGGGAAAUGAUGUAUUAAGCUUGGAAAUGGAGCCUAAAAUGGAACAAUCCUUCAUAAUAUCACUUGUUGUAGUUCAUGGUUUAAUUUCUCAUAAACUUUGACCCUUUCAAAAAUGACAUGACAUUUUUUUUGUAAACGCUUCUUCAAUGUUCAUGUAAGAAGAGGUGUGUUUACUUAUUCGAGGAGGCGCUGUUCGAGUGUUCGAGCAUCGAUAACAACAUUCAAUGAGUGUUAAGCUAUAUAUCCCUCGGCGUGUAGAUAUCAGAUAUGUUGUAGUGAAUUGAAGUUUUUUGUAGGAAGGAAUCCAUUUUGUUCUUGAUAAAUCAUUCAUAUAUGUAUACAAAUUUUUUUUCCCUGAUUGUUCUGGGUUUGUGUAUAAUCCUGUUUACAUUAAUGAUAAUAACACUUGGACUUGA